CUUCAUGAAGCUAAUGAUGGUGGACUUCUUGCCACUAUCAUGGUUGUUGGUUUCAAAGGUGAGCUUAACCGGUUUCAACCUGGAGUGAGAAUGGAGAUAUUUCGGCUUGAUGCUUGGUUUUUCAAGGAAGAUCUAUUGAUAAACCCUACUAAUUACAUAGUGAAAGGGCUUAAUCGUAGGUGUUUUUCUCUUGCUAAAACGGGCAAUUUAAAAGAUCAUCGUGAUGCACUUGUAGAAUUAGUUUCUUCUUCGGAAUAUGGAAUCCUUCAUUUGUUUAGUCAUCACCAGUUACAGGAAUUUUUAUUAAUUGAAAGGGAAUGCUCAUUACACACAAUGGAGUACGAAGAAGAGUUGUCUGUCAUUAAUUCUCAACAAGAAUGA